AGAAGAUAUAAUGUACGAUUCCAAAGAAUCUAAAUGCUUUGCAAAUGAAGUUUUUAUGUAUAUUCGUGAUAUACCAAGUGAGCAUUUCAAUUCUGGCGUAUUCAAUCUCAAUCUAGUAUCGCUCGUUAAUAAAUACAAGUGUCUAGCCGAUAAGGAGGAAGAUUUUCAAGAAUCUUUUGAAAGAAACCUAUCAAUUGCUGAAUUCUAUAGAAUACACUUUCAUCCUCCUCCAAGUAUAGAAGAUAAGACGCUGUCGGCUAAAUUAUACGGGUUUAAAGGUUUAGAAGGUUUGUAUUCCGACUAGUUUUACUAAAUCUAAUGGCUUAGGACUUUAUUUUAUAAAAAAUUUUUUUACUUCUCAACAAUGUGCUUUGUUGGCACUGGAAACUCUAACCUCUUACAUAAAUGUAAGAUUUGUCUUUAUAGAUUAAUGUAUUUGUGCAGCCUCCAAGCAAUAGCAAUUUAUUUCACAACAAUCCUGGCCUUAAAACUCCUAUUUGGCGUAUGUUAUUGCCCGGAAUCUCAAAAUAUAUCUAUAGAAAGUGAAUCUUUCAAGAAGUUGCGAUGGGCUACGAUAGGCCACUUAUAUGAUUGGGGAAAUCGAAAGUAUAAUGGAUAUGCCGAGUUUCCUGUGUUAUUAAAGGGGAUCACAGAGCAUAUCAAUUCACAUUUAUCAGAACUCUAUUCCAAAUUUACCGCAGAUGUAAGUCAUCCCUCUUAAUGUAUGACAAUUUAAAAGGCCGCUAUAAUUAACUUUUAUUCAAAGAGCUAUUUUUUGAGACUGCACA